AUGACGACGGAGCAUGGCUUCCCCACGAUUGAAACGGGAACCAGAGUCGCCAAGAUGACUGACAUUAAAACCGAUAUCCCACGAAAGUCAAGAAUUGGACACUUCCCGGUGGAAAUAAGACAUAAAGGUCAACUCCCUCAAUGUUUUUGUUGCCGUUUAUUGGGCCAUCUUGCGACUGAGUGUCCGAAUGAUGUAGUUUGUUUUAAGUGUGGUUUGUCUCGACAUACUCGUGAUAAGUGUUUCAAAUGUUUUCGCUGUGGCAAGUUUGGUCACGUCCGAGAGAACUGCCCUGAGUUGCAGCACCCACGAGUACCACCCGCUUCUGCUGAUGGUAAUUCCACCGCCCGUGUCGCUGGCACGGUGGCACCAGUAACCGUCGAAUUAAUGGAAACAGAUCGCCGUAACGUGAAUUUAGUAGCCCAAAAAGGGCAGUCCAACAGUUCCACCCCAGUUAUGUCACAUGGACACCAUGAGUCUCAGGAUCCAUCCACGUCGCAGAUCCCUUCAGAGUCCCAGGUCUCCCCUGUGUCCCAGGCCUCCCCCGUGUCCCAGGUCUCCCCCGUGUCCCAGGAUUCCACUCAGUCCCAACAGCUCAAUGCAUUAUUAAAUCGUGAGUCCCAAGAACUCAACCUGUCCAGUUCCCGUGCAGUUGACUCUUUAAAGGAUGACGGAAGUAUGGAUUUAGAUGCGGAACCGUUGAAGCGGGGACCGGAUGGCAGUACGUGGACAAAGGUACGGAAGAAACCUAAACCUAAGUGA